GAUUCCGCAUGAGAGGAAGCCUUCAAUACAUACCCAAUUCCCAUCUCCACCUUUUUUGCCAAACAUCAUUGCAGAAGCAGAGAGAGGACUGAAAAAAUCCAUGGACCCGUUUGAAGUGGCAUUUGAGGACGUAGAAGAUUUUCUGCCUGAUUCCCCCACUACUGGCCCUGGUCAUAUUGACAACGAGAACCAAUUUCUCACUCCUAGUAACCCAUUAACAUCCCCAGCCCCGACAAUUUCAAUUGGGACUAAUGCAUCCACAGGCUACAAUGAAGAUGAGGAUGAGGAGGAAGAGGAGGAUAAUGUGGACCUUAACAUUAGAAACAUUGCACUUCGAGAUGACCCUGAUAAAACAGCCAAGACACGGGCUAUCCUGUCACAGUUCACAGGGGAACAGAUGGAAAGAUUCGAGUUCUAUAGGAGAUCUCGUUUUAAAAAAUCUGAAAUGAGAAAGAUGUUACUGACCAUCACUGGAAUGCGGACAGUUUCUGAGCCAAUGGUAGUUGCAGUUUCAGCCACUGCAAAAAUGUUUGUUGGUGACAUUGUUGAGACUGCUAGAACUGUUAUGACCGAGAGGAAGGAAUCCGGUCCUAUUCGGCCUUGCCACAUCAGAGAAGCAUAUAGAAGACUGAAGCUUGAAGGCAAAGUACCAAGGAGAUCGGUGCCGAGGCUCUUCUAGGUUAUGGGGCGAGACAUGCAUCCUUUCUUCCUAGAAUUGCUAACAUGUAUUUGACUCAGUCUGGUAGAUCAAGGUGUGGAUUGCAUCCAUAGACCACAUUUAUGCUCGAUCCAUUUUAUGCCAAACUGGAGGGCAGGACCAUAUCACAUUUAAAAAAUUAGCGUAAUCUGCAUAAAGUUGUAGGAUUCGGCCUUUUCUUGUAUACAGCAGUUUCUUGGUUCAAUGGAACUUACUUUUGUGAAUGAAAUUUGGAGUAAAGUGAAGCCAAACUUGCACCAAAUACACAACGUA